AUGGAAGGCCCGACGAUUUCGACCCCUCUCCACGUCUCGCCCCCGCCACCUCCUAGACCUCGAGGAAGUCAAUGGCGGCAGCAGGACUCCGUCUUCGUCUCCGCUGCCACGGCCGCCGCCGACAGUGCCACCUCCAUCCCCCACCUGAGGCAGCUCCACGCCCAGCUCCUCAAGGUGGGCGUCCGCGACAUCUCCCUUCCUCUUCUCUCCAAGCUCCUAUCCUUCUCCCUGUCCUCCGCCUCCAGCUCUUCCUUACAUUACGCCGUCUCCGUAUUCUGCGGGGUGGCGGCACCGCCGAUCCCCCUCUGCAACCGCCUCCUUAGAGUACUCUCCCGCAGCGCUGAACCCGACACAGCCCUCCUCGCCUACGCCCGCAUGAGAGAGGACGACGUCCCCCUGGACAGAUUCAGCUUCCCGCCGCUGCUCAAGGCCGUGGCGAGAGUCCGCCCCCGACCGGCGGCGGUGGGCGUAGGCAGGGACCUCCACGGGCUCGCCGCCAAGCUCGGCUUCGACUCCGAUCCCUUCGUCCAGACGGGCCUCAUCCGAGCUUACUCCACCACAGGUCUCGUCGACGACGCCCGCCGAAUGUUCGACCAUAUGGCUCACAGAGACCUCGUCGCCUGGGGCGUCAUGCUCGAUGGGUAAGUUGUCUGUCUGUCUGUCUGUCUCUCUGUCUCUCUCACGUAGAAGUUGCGCAAUUUUCGGCAGAUACUACCAGACGGGUUGCUACGAGGAGGUCCUCUCCCUGUUCGGAGAAAUGCAGGACGAGGUGGCCACCUCCUUUGACGCGAUCAUUCUGGCCACCGUUCUCUCCGCCUGCGGCCGCAUGGGCGACCUGAGCUCCGGCCGCGCUGUGCACGCCUACAUUGCCAACGCGGGCCUGGAGGUGGACGACCAUCUUCGAGCCGCGUUGAUCGGUAUGUACGCCGGCUGCGGCGCGAUGGACCUCGCCCGUACCCUCUACGACGAGGCCCCCUCGCGGAACCCGGUCGCCGCCACCGCCCUAAUCUCCGGCUAUGCCAGGGCCGGCAUGGCCCCCGCCGCGCGGGCCGUGUUCGAAACCAUGAGCGAGCGGGACCUCGUCGCGUGGACGGCGAUGGUGGCGGGGUAUGUGGACUGUGGGCGCCCGCGGGAGGCGCUGGCGCUGUUCAACGAGAUGAGGGCCCGCGGGGUGCGGCCCGACGGGGUUGCCGUGCUGGGCGCCAUCUCCGCCUGCGCCGAGCUUGGCGCGCCCGCCGCCGCGAGGUGGGUGCAUCGCCUCGCCGACCGCGGCGGCUUCCUGAAAGCCACGCCGGUUGGCAACGCGCUGGUGGCCAUGCACGCAAAGUGCGGUAGCCUUACCGCUGCGAGGAGGGUGUUCGAUGGAAUGCCCCACAGGAACGUCAUCUCCUGGACCGCAAUGAUCCACGGCUACGCCAUGUAUGGCGACGGCGCCGCCGCCCUGCGAGAGUUCGACAGGAUGAAAUCCGCCGGUGUGGAGCCCAACGAAGUCACCUUCCUGGGGCUUCUCUACGCCUGCGCACAUGCCGGCCUGGUCGACGACGGUCGUCGAGUCUUUGACGCCAUGGUCGCCGCCCACGGGGUCACCGCCAAGGUGGAGCAUUACGGCUGCAUGGUAGACCUCCUCGGGCGGGCCAAGCUCCUGCCGGAGGCCAUAGAGCUCAUCGAGGGAAUGCCUUUCGAGCCCAACGUCAUCGUCUGGGGGGCCCUCCUCGCGGCCUGCAGAGUCCACGGGGAGCUCCAGCUGGGAGAGACGGCGGCGAGGAGGAUCCUGGAGCUCGACCCGGACCACGACGGAGCUUACGUCCUCCUCUCCAACAUCUACGCCGGCGCCGGACGGUGGGCAGCGGUGGCGGAGGUGAGGAAGACGAUGAAGGCGAGGGGCCUGGUGAAGGAGAGGGGCUGCAGCUGGACGGAGGCCGGCGGCGAGGUCCACGAGUUCGCCACCGCCGACGAGGCCCACCCGAGGUCCGGCGAGAUCCGCGCCAAGCUGGGGGAGGUUGUGGAGAGGCUGGAGGCCGCCGGCGGGUACGUGCCAGACACGCGCUGCGUGCUGCUGGACCUCGAGGAAGAGGACGAUCGGAAGCGGGCAGUGCUCCUGCACAGCGAGAAGCUCGCCCUCGCCUUCGCGCUCAUCGGCGACGGCGACGGGCGGCGGCGGGGAGGGUGCGUGCGGAUAGCGAAGAACCUUAGGGUUUGCGAGGACUGCCACGCCUUCAUGGCGGCCUUCUCCGGGGUCUUCGCCACGGAGGUCGUUCUCAGAGACAGGACCCGGUUCCACCAUUUCAGGGACGGGAGGUGCUCCUGCAAUGGGUUCUGGUGA